AUGGCUCCUACUCUUUCCUCGACUCCCAUCUCCGUUGUCCCCUCAGCAUCCGAGAUCAAGAAUGGUGCACUCGGCCAACGCAACCUCGAAAUCGCAAUUCGGGCUCUUGCACGUGACGGCCUUGUCGUCUUGGAGGACAUGGUCGAUCAUGCCGUCUUGGACCGUCUGAACAAGAAAAUGGUCCAAGAUGCAUAUGAGCUGCAGGCGCGGAAGGAUAGUCCCUUUAAUUACAACAAGGGCAAUAUCCAGCAGGACCCGCCCAUGACCGAAGAAUGGUUCAGCAACGAAAUAUACAUCAAUCCAAUUGUCACCCAAGUGACAUCAACCAAACUCGGACCCAAACCUUCUUUGCGAUUCAUGUCCGGCAAUACAGCUCUGCCUCCUACUGAAACAUCCCCACCCGCGUCCCAGCCGACUCACAAUGACGCGGACUUCGACCAUCCUUCUAUCCCGUUCGCUCUUGUCAUCAACGUUCCCCUAGUCACCAUGACUCCCGAGAAUGGUUCUACUGAAGUUUGGCUCGGUACACACAAUGACACCACUAUUGCCGAUCAAGAAGGUGAACACGGUGACCGCGCUAGCGGCAGAAUCAAGAAACAUCUGCUGGACGCUCGUAGGCAAGUCAGGCCACCCUCGCAACCAAUCGUCAAGAAAGGCAGCAUCAUCAUACGUGACUUGAGACUCUGGCACGGAGGAAAGCCCAAUCUUACUACCGAUCCCAGAGUAAUGCUCGCUAUGAUACACUUCGCGCCUUGGUACCGCAACUCCAUGCAAGUCGAGUUUGCCCAAGAGCUUGCCGAACGGCUCUUGCCCGAGAAGACAGGUCUGGAUAUUGCUGCACAAUAUAUUCCCAGCGAGCAGCUGCUCAAGAAUUACUUGAACAGGUCUUUCGGAAAUGCAUAUGAUUUUGACCAAUCCGAUAAGGUUGAAGGCAUCUUUUAG